UCGGCGCGACUGAGCCGCGCGGUGUUUGGAGACAGUUGGAGCGGCUGUUUUCUGUGUGGGCCUGUAGACAUUCAGGGUUUUAUUAGUUUUAUUUGGAAGUGCUGAAGCUCCAGAAGGCAGACAUGUUCAGCCCCCGCAGCACCCCGGCGGGCUCCGGCCGCAGGCAGCAGAGCAGAACCCCGGGGAGGAAGAGCGUCUCCGGGGCGGCAGGGCUGCUCUUCUCCCCCCGCAGGACUCCAGUGUCUACGAGGUCGACGCCUUCUCGAGUCCAGAACGCCGCAGCAGCAGAGACGGUUUUCUACGACGUGCAGACGUUUGGCUCGUCGCUGCCGGUCAAAGUGAUGGAGGCUCUGACCCAGGCUGAUGCGGAUGAACAGAUCUCAGUGAAGGUGAAUGAGAGCGGCUGGGCCUGGAUGGUUUGUGGAGAGAAGCUGAUCAUCUGGAAGAUCUGCCAGACGGCCGUAGCCAAGCUGUCGGUUUGCAAAGAGCUGCAGCUGCCCAGCAGUGACUACACCUUCUCAGCCGAUCUGGUGGCCCUGACCUCCACCACGCCUCUCAAGAUGGCCGCCGUUCAGUCCGUCUCCGUCCUGGCUGUGGCCGCAGAAGGAACGGCUCGCUUCUGGCCGAGCCUGGCGCAUGAGGGCAGCUACAGCGAGUCGGACGUCAACCUGGGGGACCUCUGUAACUUUGUGGUUGCAGUCAGAGGUGGAAGCUUCGUCUUAUCGUCUGUGAGGAACCAGCUGCUGAGGGCGGCUCCGGACUCUUCAGGGAAGCUGCAGCAUCGGGCUCUGCAGCAGGGCCAGGGGAUGCUGUCUGGGAUCGGACGCCGUGUUUCCAGUCUGUUCGGCAUCCUCUCCCCUCCAGCUAACGACAUGCUCCACAGUGUGCUGUGGGUGGAGGGAACCAGCUGCCUGUACUCUCUGACCAGUUCCACUGUUAGCAAAUGGGAGGUGGACGACAACGCAGAGCACCAGGUCUUCAGCUGGGACACCAGGAGAGCUCUGACUGAGAGCAUCGUGGAUUCAAUCUGGGGGUCUGAGAGCAACUAUGAGGAGCUGAAGGAGGGAGCCAACGUCGCUUACCUGGAUCUGAAGAUGAGCCAACUGGGUCUGGUGGUUCUGGCUGCAGCCUGGCAUCCGUCCGACACCCCCUGCUUUUCCUAUUUCUGCCUGGUAACCAUGCAGGAGACGGGAGAAGCCAUCUCUGAUCACUUCAACGUGGAAGUGACCAAGUACAGCUGUCCGUUUCAGAGUGAGGAAGACCUGCAGGCCACACGCUUUCUGCUGCCUGAUCCUCCAGGCACCACCGCCCUCCUGUACAACAGAGAGAUGGUGUCUGCCUGCUCAACAGGCACCAGCAGGGCGGCGCUACCAGAGGAGAAAAUCUGCUUCAACUCCCCAGGAGAUGUAAUCCGUGGAGGAGGCUGCUGCUCCAACCUGCCAGUCUUCUUCUCCCAGAACAGUGGCCUGGUAGCAGUGGUGGCUAGAGAGAGCGCAUCCAUCCUGCCGGAGACCAUGGAGGACUCGCUGUGCUCCUCGCUGGCUGCAGCGCCCGAGAUUUCUGCCAUGGAAACACCGGGCAGAUCAGAACCCAUUGCCCAGGAGGACAAAACCAAGCUGCUGAAGUCCGCCUUCCUGCUGUUCUGCCGGAACGAUUUGGUCGGGGCUCAGACCGUGACAGAUGAACUGUUUCCUCCUGAUGGUGAUGGAGAGGAAGGAGCAGAGCUCGACAGCGCUGUGGUCCAAAUCAACCUGGACUUGGUGGACGAUUACCCGGCGUCAGACCCCCGCUGGGCCGAGUCGGUCCCUGGUGAAAGCGCUGGUUUUCCUCUCACAUCCCUCAUCAUCCUCCACCAACUGGAAGACAAGAUGAAGGCUCACUGCUACUUCAUGGACUUCCUGCUCCAGAUGGGUCUGCUGGACCGGCUCAGCCAGGUGACGGUCAGGUCGUCUCCCAUGGCGACGCGCCUGCUGCUGUGCGAGCACGCCGAGAAGCUGCAGGCGGCCAUGGUGCUGAAGACCCACCACAACAAACACGCUGAGCUGGUGAACCGGGCCAUCGGCGUGGCGCUGCAGAGGAGCAGCACCUCCGUGCCCCCCAGCCUUACAGCAGCAGACGUCUUCUUCAGGGAGGUGUCCCAGAUCUCCCUGCUGUUUGACUGCCUGAUUGAGGAGGAGGAGCGGAUUCUGAAGGAGAACCCCGUGGACUCAGUGCAGUGGGCCGAAGCGGUGAAGACGGUGAACACCAUUCUAAAGGACAUGCUGCAGGCUGCAGGGCAGUACAGAGAAACCAAAGCCUCCAUGUACAGAGCUGCAGAAAACGCCGCUGCAGAGCCUGAAUACAUCCCAUGGACAGCGUCCGGCGGUGUAGGAGGCGUCCGCACCGUCAUUUCCCACCAACACGACAUAAUCCUGCGCUCUGUCUACCCGCACGCUGACUCCAAAUUACGCAGCAACGUCUGUGAGCAGCUGGUGGCGCUGCUGGACAUCUACCUGGGCGGCUACGUGGCCCAGCUGUCCUCCCUGCAGAAGCAGGGGACCCAACAGGAGCGCUACGACAACCUGGAGAUGGAGUACAGCCAGCGGCGCUCAGAGCUGCUCAGCCCCCUCUUGGAGCUGGGUCAGUACCAGUGGGUGGCUGCGCUGGCUGAGAAGUACUGCGACUUCGACAUCCUGGUUCAGAUGUGUGAGCAAACGGACAACCAGAGCCGCCUGCAGCACUACAUGGCCAAGUUUGCAGACCAGAACUUUGCUGACUUCCUGUUUCGUUGGUACAUGGAGAAAGGAAAGAGGGGGAAGCUGCUGUCCCAGCCCGCCGCGCAGCACCAGCAGCUGGCCAACUUCCUGCAGUCCCACCAACACCUGAGCUGGCUGCAUCACAUCUACGUCAACGACUACCAGAACGCCCACAGGACCCUCUACAGCCAAGCUAACAAAGAGACGCGUUACUUUGUGAAGAAGAAGACGCUGCUGGCUCUCAGUAAGCUGACUGCUCUGGCCUCAGACCUGCAACAGGAUGAGCUCAACAAACAGGUGGACGAUAUCGUGGAGCAGGAGCGCUUCCUGCUGCACCAGGAGACUCUGCCCAGGCGCCUCCUGGAGGAGAAACAGCAGAACCCAGACUCCAUGCCUCUGCUCAGCGCCCACAACCUCAUCCAGCUCUACAUCUGUGACGACAACAGGCAGGCCAACGAGUACGACUUUAAAAAAGCUCUGGACCUGCUGGAGUACAUCGAUGAGGAGGAUUCAGUCGACAUCGAUUCUCUGAAGUGUGAAAUCCUGAGCAAAGCCCUCAGGAGAGACGACUGGUCCUCUGCUGACGGGAACGACGACCCCCUGGAAGCGGCUAAAGACAGCAUCUUUGUCAAGAUCCUCCUCAAACUCAUCCAAGAAGGUGUUCCUCUGCAGACCUACCUGCCUGAGGUCAAAGAGCUGCUGGAACACGAGGAGUUGAGCACUUUGAAAUCAAAGCCCUGCUUUGAAUUUGUCCUUCGAGCGAACUAUGAACAUUACCUGCAGGCUCAGAUGUGAUUCUGCCUCUCGUCACAGCUACCUGUUUGUUCUCCUGUUUGCGUUUUCAAGCCUUAUCUUUUGAGUUUUUCU